CCUGGCCACUCUGAAUGUAACCAGCAGCUAGCCCACUCCCGCUAACGUGAACAUGCUAAGGCUAAGCUAGCUGUCAGCCCACUGGUUCUGCUGCGCUAGCGGAUGCACCGGGUCGGAUCGCGCUGCUGCUGCUGCCGCCGGCCCUCUUGACAUUCCCCCCCUCCGCAUUCCCGGACGGAUUCGUGUCGACUGACCAGAGUCCGCGAAUUCGUGUCCAUUCCCGGCCGAUCGAAGCUUUCCCCAUCCCCGCCAGAGCGAGAGAGAGAGAGCGCGGCGGAGCGACCGGGCGACGUGCGUUAGCCGUUAGCUGAGUUGAAGAAGUGAAGGACCACACCCAAGGCAAGAUGUCCCUGCACCAAUUUCUGUUGGAGCCCAUCACCUGUCACGCAUGGAACCGGGACCGGACGCAAAUUGCCAUAAGUCCCAAUAAUCAUGAAGUUCAUAUCUACAAGAAAAGUGGAAACACGUGGGCCAAGACUCAGGAGCUGAAGGAACACAAUGGACACAUAACAGGCAUCGACUGGGCUCCUAAAAGUGACCGCAUCGUGACGUGUGGCGCUGACCGUAACGCAUACGUGUGGUCGCAGAAGGAGGGCCUAUGGAAGCCCACGCUGGUCAUUCUCAGGAUCAACCGGGCAGCCACCUUUGUCAAGUGGUCCCCCAUGGAAAACAAGUUUGCAGUGGGCAGCGGGGCACGCCUCAUCUCCGUCUGCUACUUUGAGUCGGAAAAUGACUGGUGGGUGAGUAAACACAUCAAAAAGCCCAUCCGCUCCACCAUCCUCAGCCUGGACUGGCACCCCAACAAUGUCCUGCUGGCAGCCGGCUCCUGUGACUUCAAAUGCAGGGUGUUCUCGGCCUACAUAAAGGAGGUGGAGGAGAAGCCUGGCCCCACGCCCUGGGGCAGUAAGAUGCCGUUUGGGGCCGUGUUAGCAGAGUUUGCAGGAGCUGGUGGAGGGGGCUGGGUCCACUCUGUCUCCUUCUCAGCCUCUGGAAACCGCCUGGCCUGGGUCAGCCACGACAGCACUGUCAAUGUGGUGGAGAGCUCCAAGACUGCCAGUCCAUCGCAGUUGAAGACAGAGUUCCUCCCUCUCCUCAGCGUCAUCUUCGUGUCUGAGAACAGUAUAGUAGCUGCGGGCCACGACUGCUGCCCCAUGCUGUUCCGCGUGGAUGAUGGAGGCGCCCUCACGUUUGUGUCCAAACUGGAUCUGCCCAAGCAGAGCAUCCAGAGGAACAUCUCAGCCAUGGAGCGCUUCAGGAACAUGGACAAGAGAGCCACCACCGAGGACCGCAACACUGCCCUGGACACACUGCACCAGAACAGCAUCACCCAAGUGUCUAUCUAUGAGGGAGACAAAAGGGAUUGUCGCAAGUUCUGCACCACAGGCAUCGAUGGAGCUAUGACUAUUUGGGACUUUAAAAGUCUAGAAGCGUCAAUCCAGGGCCUGCGCAUCAUGUGAAGAAGAGGACGAAUGAAACACUAGACGCUGCACCUCCUCCUCCUCUCCUCCUCCCUCUAUCCCUCCAUCCCUCCCUCCCUCCAGCUAGUAACACACACACCACUAUCCAGAAAUCAAAAUGUCCGCUCAAGCACUGAACGCAACACCACGCACUCCUAGAACCUGCAAUAUUAAGGCUUGUUUCGAUAGCAAAUUAGAAAAAAGAAAUAUUGACGCAAAAAGUGUUAAAGAUUUUAUGCUUUAAAAUUGUAUAAAAAUUCCGAUAUAUUUUCUAAUUCAGUUUAUAAUAAAGUUUAAAUUUUCUCUCCAUCCUCCUGUUCAAGAAAAUUACACAAUGAGCAAAUAUUAAUGGAUGCAACUUUACAACUUUGCUGGGGCGUAGUCUGCAGUACUGGAAUGAUCCACGGUAUGGUAUUACACGUAUCUAUGUAGCCUUUUUUCAGUACAGCUAUGGACUUUUUAUUUCACUAUUUUGUGCGUAAAUCUAUUCCUAUUCCUAAAAUGAAACCGCUCCAAAUUAGCCUCGAUGAGCUUCAUUUGACUGGAGUUGGACGCUAUGGGUGACGUCACACUCGUUUAGUUCACUUCUUGUCGAAGUUUAAUGCCAUACUAUGGAAAAUUCCAGGCCAAGCAAUAACAUCUCCAUGGAGACGAGCAUAUAGCAGACCUUCCACCAGAAGUUGUAUAGUGAGCUUUAAAUACAAAAAUGUUUCUGGUUAAAUUGAUAUGUUUUGUGGCAGGCCUAUCUAAUCACAGACACUUCACAUUACCACAAUCACCCAACUGACGUGUGAAUUCACUUUUUGUUUUGUUUAAUUUUAUAUUAUUAAUAUUUUAAAUGAAGGCUAACUGAAGUGGGGCGGUCCUAUUAAAACGUGAUGUGAUUUGCUUUUUUUAAAUAUCCGCUAACCUCCUAUACCAAAACACUAAAGGAGAGUUUUAAUCCCCUCAAAAAAUCUCCAUUCCACCCUCUGGACAAAACCACACGCCAACUCUGAGCAGAAAAAGUAAUUAUUAUUAAAGUGGAAAUUAUAAGAAUUGAUAUAGACGUAUUCAGAGUUGGCAUCUGGUUUUGGUCGCAGCGGUGGAGUGGGUAUGCAGCGGUCUGAAUGAUGGCGGAACUGAUGGAGUCGCUUAUAGGCUCCGGAGAUGCUACACUAAAAGUAGAACUACAGAAAUGGAGGAUUUCUAUGUAACUGACCAUGAGGUAGACGUGAAUAAAGACAAAUACAUUUACAGUACACUA